AUGGAACCAAUGGAAGUUCAGAGCCCAAUCGUGGAAAGUGACGGUAAGGACAUUACACAUUUUGAAUUCGUAUCGUAUCCCAAAUAUUAGUACAAUUUGUCCGGCACUGUUGCGGAGAUACGUCAUCGAAAUUGAUUGGAAACUGAUAUUCGAAGUCAAUAAACCGGCUGGGACGAACUGGAACCUUCGUGGAAUAAUAUUAUAAUUGUGCAACUUACUUGGACGUGUCCGUUUUCACAGUAAAGCUUGCCAGUUUCUAUCUGGCAAUUUACUUUAUAAUAAUGACAGGCAAUUUAGAGUGGAGAUUUAUAACUCAGUUUGAGUCGGCUUGAAAAGAGUUUUGGUAGAAAAUCGAUUUACAGCUGGUUGGCUGAUGAACAGCCGGUACAGACAUAUGCCCGCUGAUAGGCAGAUACUGGCAACCUGGAGGAUUGGCUGUGUUAGAGAAUGUCGAACGUCGAGAGUGAUCUUUAAGUUUUGGGCGCGUUCCAUUCAGCCCAAAAUUCCAAAAUUUUGGCCGGAAAUCAAAUUUUUCGGUCCAACUGGAAUAUUAAAAUUUGGAACCACCUUUGAAGGAGGCCCACGUGACCGGUCUUACGAGGCCGUGCCAGGGUAAAUUCCGACAAGCGACACGGCCCAAAAAGUAGCGGCAGCGCGUAAAGUGAAAUCGCGACAAGAGACAACCUCCCUUGGCCAAAUUGCGACAGUGAUCGCAAAGCCGACAGUAAGCGACAAGCAUUUAUAAACACCAACACGAGACGUUUUAAAAUUCAGACAGGCGACAUGGUACCCCCUCAAGCAGGGCCUCUCUUACCAGUCAGACCAAAGUGUCGUUUUCGAUAUGACAUAAUUAGGCCGAGGCCAAACAUCGAACUUUUCAUGAGACAAACCAACGUUAGUGAGUCAAGUUCAUGAAAAGUUUGUACGUCAUGUGACUGGCUCGGUUAAGUUCAUUUGAAGGAGUUUAGAUUGUCCAACACAUUCUGUCCAUCUGCUUCAGAUGGAGAGAACAUCUAAGGAUUGUCUCCACGACAAACAUCGAUCUUCACACACGAUGAACUAAACUAAUGGAUUAAAGAUUUGUAUGAUAAUGUAUAUUCACAGCAAAAAAUAACAGAUUCCCAUUUUUGGAUAUUUUUGGGUAUUUAAAGAAUACCCAUAAAAAUCCCAAAUUUGGCAAAGUGAGACAAUUAAGUCCCAACCAGGGAAUUCCCAACCAAGUUCCCAGAUUGGGACUUGUCUCACUCUUCCAAAUUUGGGUUUUUUGUGGGUAUUCUGUAAAUAUCCAAAAAUAUCCAAAAAUGGGAAUCUGUUAUUUUUUCCUGUUAUUUAGCCUCGUUCCGAAGAGAAUUUCUUAGUGAUAUGAUUGGUUUAACACAUCCUAAGUUUGAUGUCUGACCCAUAACAGAUGAUCUUAACUUUAUUUAGGUCAACCCAAAUUAGAGUUUGGUUCGCCUCUUGAAAAAUUUGACGUUUGAUCUAGAUAGGCCUUAUUGUUCCUAGUAUACUGUUCUUUUGUGUAUUGUUUACGAGUAAAAUAAUGAAAUGCACAGAGGCUUGGGUUGGGUCUGUGCAACUGGAAUGUACAUUCCAUUGGGAACAUGGAAUUUCCAAAAUUCAUACUGGAAUUUUUGUUGAAUGGAAAGCGUCCUUAGCUUUCAAUCCCAGUUUUUUACACAAGAUAUCAUACUUUGGUGAAUUUACAUUAUCUACAAUUAGUGUCUAUUGAAAAAUCAUGGUUGUUGUCCAAUACUUUAGCUGUGGAUACUAAGGUCAAUUCGAACCUCUCCACAACUUCUACCUUGGAAACAGAGGUAACUGGCCAUUGGCCAGCCUGGAGAGUGGUGGCUGGAAGGGGUGGAAUGUGAUAGCAAUUUUGUAGAUUUUUCAGAAAAUGUUUAGAAUAGUCUUUUCUAAGAAUUAUAAUGAUAUAAGCAUCUGAGGACUAAUAAUGGAGGCUGUCAAAAUAAUGUGAUAUGGACUCAUUUGUUGAUAUGUUUUGUAUCAGAUACAUCGCCGAUAGAACAUGCAAUCAACCAAGCAGCUGUUUUUCUUGAAGAUGCUGCUAAGGUAACCAAUUUUACAUCCACUGUAAAUAUGUAUUUUGUUUACUGCUAUCUUCCAGAACAGUGUUAGAAAUAUAAUAUAUCUUUGAACCCUGAAGUUAUUUUGUUAGGUAUUAGUGCCUAUUGUUACUGUGCACUUGCAGCUAUGUAGAGCUAAGGAGGCAUUAAUUUCUAACAAAACUGAAAAAUUGUUUUAAACAUUAACUAUAGGAUUAUGAAAUCCAUUGACUCAGUAACUUGCAUUAAAGGUUGCUUUACAAAUUAAAUCUUAUUUGUGUUCAUUAAUCUAUUUCAGGCUCAUACCUAAACAAGCCUUUUUACAUCCGUGUGUGUGUGUGUGUGUGUGUGGGGGGGAUGUCCAAAUCUCCCACCUCCCAUCAUGCUUUGCUUUCCCGGCCUCCACCCUUUUUGUGGCGUCCUCCCUUUACUCCUUUUUUGAUCCCACAAAAAUUAAGUAUUGCCAGGUAAUUUCUCCUGCUUCCUGCCAUUUUAGAACUCCCGUCUCCCAGCUUUUCUCUCCUUAUUCCUCUGGGCUCCUGCCUCCCUGUUCUCCCCCACCAUCACUUGCUUCAUGUGUAACAACUUAAAUCACUGGUGGCAACUUAUGUUUUGGUUUGCAGUAUAGAUCAAUCCACCACAAAAUGGACAGUAAGUCUCUGUGGAUGUACAGAUUGUACUACAGCAAACCUGUUCGAUGGUAAGUGCAUCAUAUACAGAUAAUCUAACAAAAAUGUUGCAGAGAGUGAGGAUCAUGUGAACUGCAGAAAUACAAAUGUAAAGGAAGAUAUGAUCAUUGCAGUGUAAUUGCAAUUUAAACAAUUGCAAAUUAACUCAAAAAAUUUCUGGACCUAGACGGAAUUCAAACCCAUAUUUAUUAAUGAUGAUGAUUAAUUACGUCAGUGUCAUGAUCAUAGAAUCUUGGCCCCUUGUCUACAAAAUCUAACAUUUAUCUGUUAUACAUCCCACCCCAGUUUAAUCAGAAAGGUUGAACCACUUUUUCUGGUGGCUACUCUUUUUAAAUAAUGGCUAGAUGGGUAUAAGUUGCCUUGAAAAUUAUGCGAGUAGAUGUAGGAGUCAAGGCCAAUAAAUUUAACACCCCAAGGUUGCAAAAAUUUCAACUGAGGUAAAGAUCGCCAUACACAGCCAGCUUGAUUUUACUGACUGGUGCUCUGGACCAAGUUUGGACUCACAACUUCUCAAACUCAUCAAUAAUUCACAAAGAAAAUACAAAGGAAAUUAAUGUUUAAUGAGUGUUUGGAAAUCAGAUGAAAAACUGCUCAUUUUUGCACCCUUAAAUUCUCCUUCUAAAAUCAUUUUGUUUGAGAAGUAAUAUCAAGCAUUCAACACAGUGUUUCAUCACCAGAGGAAACACCUCGAAGUUUGUCAAAAAUGCUCCGCUGCACGUCAUAUUUUCAACUCUCUUCUCAGCAUUUCAUCUAGUGAUGAAACACUGCUUCUCAUGCUUGAUAUAUUACAUCAACAAUUCUAUUCUUAGCCACAACUGAGGAGUACAAAUGUACCUUCUAGGAAAUAUGAAUUGACGGCUGAAAUAAUCUCAGGCAACGUUUGCCGCAAUAAUGGCAGCCCCUGCAUGGGCAUGGGCUCUUGUCAACCAGUUCCAGAAACAUUUUUUGAGUUCAUUGCUUCUGGAUGUGUUGCAAAGUUCUACACAAGGGUUUCAGAGUAAGAUAGAAGAAGAAAACAUGACACCACGUGGAUGGUACCUUUUAUGCAAAAAUGAUUACUUUUCUUUUUUUUUUCUUUAGGGGAUUCUCCCUUAUCAUAUUUCUGAAUCUUAUGUUGGCGUUUGUCGAAAAGCCUUCUUCUUUUACGUGAGUACCUAAAAAAGAAUUAUAAAAUUAAAGUACCUGAAAAUGAUGAUGUUAAUUUGUAGAAUUGAAAACUGGGUUCAAUUUACUUUCCUAAAAAAAAAUUAUCUCUGCCUUAAACUAUGGAUUACUGGUAUGCUUUUGCCAACUACAUGAAAUUACAGUCAAAUAUGCUGUAUGUGGACAAUUGAGUGGUAUAAAAUUGGCCAUCCAUUUAACACCACCCCAAAGGUAGGUUAAAAAUGGAGUGUUUGAAAGCUGCUUGGACCGUGACUGUAUCCACUUUAUGGGAGCUGUGUACCUACGCGAGGUGUCAGGUGGUAAAGGUUGAACUUUUUAAUAUAAGAAUUAUCAAAUUGAAAAAUAAAAACUUUGAAACUGUUUGGCUAUUCUGAUGAAAUUAAAGUUCAAAGUUUAUGGCAUCCCAGGGUGGAUGUGUUGGCACUUAAGAGAAGUUUGGGUGUGUACUACCUUCGAUACUCUGUUUAAAAAUCAUUCAUUUCACUACCCUGCUCAAGACAAAUGACCAUUUUUCACAGCCCAUACAGGUACAGAAUAAUUUUAUGUGAUUUUUACCACUGACAUCACAUCUUAUUAGUUUAACUUGUUUUCGACAAAAAUUGUUAGUAUCAUUGUUAGUAUCCUGGUCCACUGCCAAUGUUCACACCUGCUUUAAUAUGCUUCCACCCAAAGAUGCCAAAAAGUGAAAUUAUAAGUUAACCCUGUUUGAGACUCAAAACCCCCAAAACCAUACCCUGUUCACCGGCACUACCUCUUCAGGCCAUAAAAGGGAGUGUUCCACUCGGGUUAUCCAAGUAGCUCCAAACAUAUGAGUACCAAAGCUGCACACCCAAGGUGUAUAUUUAAGCCUUUGCAGGAUCAUGGCCCUUUGAUGGAGAAAAAGUUACAAUAGCAUCCGCUACAGAUAUAUUUCCUUUUCUCCCAUUUUCAGCACUGGAGGCAAAAAGUGUCAAAUAAUCAGUUUUCAUGAGUAAGCUAUGACUGCACAGCUUUUAAAGAAUUUCCUUCAAAAUAUUUAAGUAGCCUAAUAAUUUCAUACCCAGAAUUAUUUUGUACUGCUUCAACUAGUGAUCACUGGCCCUGUUGUUAACAAUAUUGCUUUGAAGGUCAUCUUCUGAUCCUCGUUUCCGUGCUAAAAGACCUGACCCUCCUUGUGGAGUCACAGAGAGCCUGGAACUCUUCUUCCUCAUUUGUUUUGUGUGUGAUUUAGUUGUCAAGGUAACACUCACUCUCAACUUGUACCUUCUUUGAAAUGUGCUGCAUUGUCGUAAUUCCAUAAAACAAAUCAAAGAAAUCUUGUCUAGAGCUGACCCAAUUGAAGGCGUUUUAAACAUUCCCACAUUCUUAGGUUGAUUUUGCCAAAAAAAAAAAAUGCAGAAGAGAAGGGUAUAAAAUGAUAGGUCUUGUGUAUACUACUAGGGCUUUAAAAGACCAACUUCUUAAUGUAUGAAAGCUUUGAGCUGUUUGGGCAUGGGUGAGAGAGUAACAGAAGCGUGAAUUUUAAUCAUGAUGUUGAUUUUUGUUUUUUACCUUGGAAAAAAAGCAGUACUUUUAUUGUAUUAAGAAAAUAAACAGACACUGCUUACUUUGUUGACAGUUGGUUAUUUAACAAAUAGGGACGCCUUGACUGUGCUCUGUUCUGUUGUAAAGCACGCAGGACGCGGCUAGAGCACGAAAGAAGUAUAGGGGGAAACACAAGACGCAACAGAAAAGAGCACAGUCAAGGCUUUUUUUAUUUGUUUUAUGAUAAAGGAAUCCGUUAAGUACCCUGCGCAUUACUUUCUAAUUCUCAAAACUUUAGCUCCGUGUUUCAUACUCCCAUAAAGCACACUUUUUCAACCAAUCAGAGCGCAUAAUAUAUCUGAACUUUUUUAUAAUUUCAAUUAUUGACCCGUUUUUCAGAGCCAUGUUCUUGGAAGGCAGGAAUUUAUCAAAAGCAGAUGGCUUUUAUGUUAUUGUUUGGUUCUCACGAUUUCUUUUAUUGACGUUUUUGUGUCCCUUAGUACUGGCUGCAGUGAGGUAACUAAGUUUGCUUUCAUAGAGGCUAAGCUUCACGUUUACGUCAAACGGCAACCGCGAAUUUGUACCACGUGACCAAGUUUCCCCAUUACUUGUCGUUUACUGUUCAUUAUUUCUACACAUGAACUAGUAGUUUCACACAAUUUUUUAUCCAAUAGAAUUGUUUGGAGCUGUUUUUAUUUGCUCAUUUUCUAUUUUGAAAUAUUCUCAACUUGAAUCUGACGUUUGCCGUUUACGUGAAGCUUAAACUCUCUGAUAAUUAACUUAAGCUGUUUACCAAACGUUAAUCAACCAUUUCUCAUAAACCAUAGUUAUUGAAAACAGCUUAGGUUUGCACUUAGACUUUCUAAAAGUCAGUUUGAGUCGGUCGCUCUGUUUCGGGACUUCGUCGAUCAGAAAAGUGGACUUAAGGGCAAGACUAGCUUAAAGAGAAAUGAUUAGUUUCUCUGUCCACCUUCACAAAGUGCCGGGCAUUACACCGGAGGGACUCGCGAACCUUGUCUGGUUAAGGCUGAUUUAGUAAAAGAACGGGAAUGCCAGUUGACGACGAGAAAGCCCGCAGAAGGGACUAAACGCUACUUCCGGUGCCCAAUUUGCCGCUCUGCGAUUGGUCAAGCGCCAGUUGUUUGAUUUGCGCGCGCCGUCCCCAACUGACGUUCUCGUUCUGUUGCUAAAUCAGCCUACUUAGUGUUGGCCCGAGGUGGUUGCAGUGUAUUCUGCUUGCAGACGUCUGCUAUUUCCUUUGCUGCAUGCAGUCCCUUUUCCGCGUGCAAUAAACGAAAUAGAGGACGUCCGAACGCAAGCAUAAUUGUAGUGUGGACCGAGCUAAGAGGUUAUAAUUCUUCUAUUUUGCUCUAGUUCCAGAUUCAUUACCGUAACCAUAUACUCGCAGCAAAUUAACUUUUAGACCAAAAAAGUACUGUCUAUGAUGAGUAUUAGAUCACCACAAAAACUAUCAUGCAUAAUUAUGUCAUGUUCACACAAGUGUAUAAUGCAGUAGUAAUGAUUUCUUCUCAGGCUGUCAGGAUCCGCAGACUUCUUAGGCCUUUCUUUUUGAUACAAAAUUCCUCACUGAUGAAGAAACUGGUGAGUUCUGGUCUACAUAAAGCGUAAGAGUUACAUCAUGAAAUUUAUUAAAUAAAACUUUUCAAACUUUAUUCAACGCGAACGCGAUUGACGCGCGAGGAAGGAGGAAGGAACUUUCUAUUCGUUUACCUCUCUCGCGCGACCUUCGUGGACGCACGUUUCCCUUAGCUUUCCCUCUAGGGAGGGGAUUUUGUUAAUGCUUUUGGCAGCGAAUGCAGGGCAUGCAUUUCUGUACAGGCACCAAGCUCGUCAGCACUUUCGUAAAGCUAUUUACCCAGGGUCUAGACGUGUUAAAAAAAUUUCAUCAGACAAUUUCUGGUAAACGAUUACUCUUUUCAACUGCUCUUCGGGCAUGUCUGGAAUAAUCGACUUGAUUUGGGUUUGGAAGUAGAUUUUGUUGCCCCUUUGUCAAGGAGUUAUUGUGUGUUGAAGUUAAUCUUUUGACUGUGUAUUGUCUUCUUACAGCUGCGUGCUAUAAGAAGAACUGUUCCGGAAAUUCUCAGGUAUCAUUGCAUAGUUUUAUAGAGAAGACGUCAUGAUCAGUAAGGUUUCUGCUACUUUCAAACAUUUUCAGCGUUUUGUUAGUAAAACUUAACAAGAGUUGCCUUAUAGUUUGUAGAGAUAUCCAAAAAAUUCAGAGGGUUUUUAGUAACGUGUAAUAGGAAUUGACUUGUCUUUGUCAGCACAGGUGUCUGUGUUUAACUCUGCGUAGAGCAAUCAAAUCAAUUCGCUCCGACGGAGAGCCAGUGACAAAGCUCAGAAAGGAACAAAAGUUACACUGUUGAGUAAAUUUAGACGCCUGCAGGAGCUGUUAUGAGUUGUACCAGGGUGUUGGGUGCGAAUCCCGGGGUAGUUGGACAAGACUGAAGGCCGGACGUCAUCACUUACAUCUCUCGUUUAGCUGAUAGCAGUUACCUUUGCUUGUACAACUGGCUUAACAUAUUUGUCUCUCAAUUUCAGUGUGCUUUUCCUUCUGGUGCUUCAUUUGUGGUUCUUUGCCAUGUGUGGCAUGCUUUUGUUUCCACAAGUAGGUCACUUAAUCUUUACGAAGGCCCUGUCCACACUAAUGCGCUUUCAAACGUGUACGUUUUCGUUGUCAUCGAAAACACAUCGAUCGAUUCGCGUCCUCACUACCGUUUUUAUGAGUUUUCGACUGUCCUCACUAAAACGUUUGAAAACGAUAGAAUUGCACGUUAUGACGUAAGUUGAACUCUACGCACAUGCUACAAAAACAUACGCCUGCGAUAUUUUCAGUCAUCGUUUUCUUUUUGCUGUGUUUUCGACCGUUUACACCAAUCAGAUAUGCAUGCGUUCUCGUUUUGAUCCACUUUCAAGAGCGUUUUCAAAUCAAUGCGUUUUUUAUGAAAACGCUCAGCGUAUAAGUGUGAACGGAAGGCCUAAACGCAUCAAAAUGUAUGCGUUUUCAAACGAAAACGCAUUAGGGUAGACGGGGCCUAAUUAAUAAGAAGUUCUGAUUCAGCAAAGCUUCGCACGCUACGAGAAUCGUGACCUGCGUUACGGAGAAAUCGCGUAAGGAUAAUCUUACUAGUGGUUUUCCAAUACAGUUCAGUUUGACCGUGAUUUAGUUUGCUUUGAGUUUGGAGAAAUGCGUCAGUUGAUUGGCUAAAAAAUCUCCCGCCACUUUGGCGACAGUCAAGAGAAAAAUGAAAACUAUUCCUGAUUCGCACGCGUUUCUCAGUCUUGGCGCAAGUCACAUGCUUUCUGUUCGAGUUUAGAUUAGUUCGGUUUAUUGCCUGCUUCAGUUCUGGUCGGCGAGCCUCAGGUAUUAAAGAACCCACUUAAAUGAAAUUCACUUGUGCUGCCAGGCUGAUCAAUCUUGUUUUUGUUUUUCAUGUGAUUUUUUCGCCAACUUGAAGUCUAAGCUGAGGAAAAACAGUACCCUUGCGGUAAUGUACUUUUAUUUUUAAUGUUUGCUAUUUUCCGCGAUUUUCCAAGACAUAAGCUAGUGUGAGUGUACGGUAAACUGAUGUAAGUUUGCCUUGUUAAACAUUUAUGUAUUGCUUACGUACGUAUUCUUUUGUUUUGCAGGAAACUGAGUGUGGCUCCCAGAGAAAGGAUUUAAAACUCGGUGUGAAUUGUGAAGGCUAUUACUACUUUUCGUCGUUUGAAGUUUCACUAAGAAGUCUUCUGGUCCUUUUGACUACUGCUAAUAACCCAGAUGGUGAGUGGGGAAUCUUUGGCUCUUAGGUCCCUGCAGAAUGCGCAGGGAAAAAGUCUGUUGUGCACGAAAAAGGACAAGAAAUAAGUAAUGGCGAAACGAAAGUGACAUGUCGCGCGCGCUCAGUAAAAAGAUUGCAUAUUGUUAACCGCUUGCUCCACUCUCGCAGUUGGCACGGAGCGCUGGGUAAGUACCGAUGAGGGAAGCGUCUGCAGCCAGUACUAGUUCGUUGCCAGUCGUAAUACUCAGUCCUCGACCACACCUCCUGUGAUUCAAAAAUUAGAAGGGGGAGGGGACUAGCCUGGCUAGUCCCCUCCCCCUCCUAAGUUUUGAUGCCAUCAACUUUUGAACACUGAGCUGAGAGUUUUACGAUCGUUUGAAUUGAGAAACCAAUAUGCGCUAUGAUUGGUGAAGCCACUAUGUAAGCUGUGAUUGGGUAAUGGUUGAAUUGGAAAUAUAUAGACCUCUUCAAUAAUGGCGGUCCAUUAACAUGUUCUUUAUUAUGUAUGAUAGUUAGCCUUUCUGACCCCUUUAGCAUGUGCAAAAUACAAAAGAAUUCUUACUUUCAAACGAGACCAGAAAGGCUCUUUUAUAUUAUACAAGUAAAGGAAUUAAUUGAUGGGCCGCCAUUAUGAAAGAGGUCUGUGACGUAUCUAUUUUGUUGACAUGUGCAUCUUCGAGCAUACUCAUUUCACUGCAGAGUAUCAUCAGCCAGACAAAUUGUCGUUUGCCGCAGAACCCAUUAGAGACUGUUAUUUACCUCUUCUUUAAUAAAUUCUCUUGUAGUAAUGAUGCACGCGUAUAUGAAAAACAGAUGGUAUGCUGUGUUCUUUGUGACAUUUACUAUAGUUGGUAAGUCCUGUUAAGUCUUAUUUUAAAAGCUUUAUUACAUAGCCAAUUAAAGCCUUCUUUCCCCUUUGUAACCAGCUACUUAGAACAGUUCUCUAAUCUUUUUCAAAACUACUUUUUUUAUAUGUCGAUGAUAUAGAUUUUGUAGACACCUAGUUUACCGACUUAGCAAUUCUUUCCGGUUUGUACUUACACAAAGCAACAACCUAUUUCCUAAGCAACAAAUUUAUUCAUCAAUUUUCAAUGUCAAUUACAAUGCGUGUGGCCCUCGGUUAGUGUAGGCGGUAGCCUAGGUAGGCACAAGAAAAGAAGUCACAUUGAAAUAUCAUCCUGGUAAAAUCUAGGCUAUAUUGUCAAUUUAUUAGACUCAGCAGUAUUAUAAUGUGCUUUACAGAUCGUAAGAUGGCAGGCACAAAAAUGUGAUUAGUAACAUCCAUAUGGUGGUCUGUUAUCAAUGCAGCGUUCUGAUUGGUUGAGCUACUACUAGGCUAUAUGUUAUAGCCCACUAGUAGCGAAAAGCGCCCGCUUUGAAAACCAAAACAAUGGCGGCUGAAUCGCGCUUUGCUAGCUAAAGUUGUUUUGUCUCGAUAUUUGUGACCAACUAGUUGGGUUUUACUAAAACAAUUAAUCCUUUCGCUUUCAUGGCCUCUGAGUCAAUAGCGCUUGAGGCCGACUAUUGACUCAGAGCCCAUUCCGGCUCGAAGAAUGAUUGUUAAAUACACCUGGGGGCUACGCGGCUCGCUCUCUUAUAAGAGAACCUACAAUCGGCGACAAAAUUAGUUGAGACACUUCACUCAUCGGAAUUUCUGACGUUUUACUGGCUUCAGAAGGGGAAAAUAAAAGCUUUUCCUCUCUGAUCACCUCCAUGCAAUGUCGUGCCGCUGUUCGAACUAGAAUGGAGGGGAGGGGAGAAAGGUAUGUCAUUUGUUCUCUGAAGUUACCCUAUUUGACUACAAUAAUGUCUCAACAAUUUUGUCGCCAAUUGUUGUUGCAGGCCAAGAGAAAAAAAGCACUGCCCUUCAUGCUUUAAAGUUAAUGGUGCUCUUUUCUUUCUUACAGGACUUUACUUCUUUUUGAAUCUGUUGACUGCUGUUAUCUACAAUCAGUUCAGAGGAUUUUUGACCGUAAGUCCUGUUGAGCGAGUGGAUGUCAAAUUCUCAGUUUGCUUCCGGAUAUAAUAUCCUUGUGUUUUGAAUUUAUGGUAGCAGCAUUUAUUUAUACACCGUACAGAAAAAUUUCAGCAGAACUGUGUUUAGAAAAAACUCAGUAAAAUAUGAUUGAAUUUCAAUGUAACUCGUGGCUUAUGCUAUAUUCAUAAGUAAAACUUCAAACUAUUUGCAAGGAGGUCUUAAACUACCUUUAAACAGGCCCCUUUACACUAUCUACCAAAGAAGUCUGCUUUGUAGUUUAGCUUUGAAACAGUCAAUGCUAGAUAACUCUCUUCUUUGCCUGUCCAAAGAAUUUCACAUACCCAAAGACUUGUAACAAUUGGGUUAACGAGAGAUCAAGAGAUCCAUUUUAAGCAGAGGUACUUCAAAAGUGGUCAAUUUCAGUAGCGAAUAUUGUCGGGAGCAGAAAAACGGAGAAAAAGUGCCGAAUGGAUACUAGAAAACUCAGUGUCCUUAUAUGAUGUUUAUGUCUCCCGGGAAAUGAAAACUAUUUUUCACUCUCUUUAAGAGCUCACUGCAAGCAAGUUUCUUCCGUCGAAGAGUUGGUAUUAGAGCUUCUUUUGAGGUUCUUCUUCAAAUUCAAGAUACAGACAGCGACCUCCCUUUGUGAGUAAUAUAUAUUACUAUUCAACUCAUCGUUUUGCAGCAAUGUUGCAAAACAAGUUGCAGGUUUUUUGAUGCCUGUUUUUCUGUACCUUUACUUUCUUUGUCUUGGAAAUGGUACUCGAAUAUAGACAUCAUGGUUUUUAUUGCAGAGGAACGAUAAGUACUGCAGAUGCGAGGCAAGCCAUUGAAAGAGCAAAGAUUGGCUCACGAGGUGGACAACGCGUGCUUUAUGUAAGAACUAAGAAUAUUUUGUUACCUGUUGGAGCUUCUAGUUGCAUUUUGAACAGUUUCAACUGAUUGUUGAGACAAUUCCGUGAUUGUUCUUGUUGUACUUAACUCUUCUUUGUGUUCGGCUGAAACAUUUCUCGCCACUUUCUUCGAGAUCAAAGGGUGCGUUCCUUUGAAAUGAUCCGGAUCAGGAUCAGUGAUCCGAGAUCACUCGGAUCAUGGUAGAUUAAAUGACCCGAUGAAUCCACUCUUAGCCUGCGUAGCAGGCGCUUGGAAGUUGUGGGCGAAAGAGAGAACGGGCGCGCGCGAGGGAGACACGCCAAGGGUGAGGCUCUCUCUCCCGAGCGCCCGGACAGCUUGCUCGCAGGCUAGCCGUGAUACAACCUCUUUAGGAUGCUUUCAGAUGCUUCUCGAAAUGGCUCGGUAAGAGAAAUUUCUGGAAGCUCGCCGCGGCUGUAAUACCCCUACCUAACUAACUAGCUCGCUCAUAGGUCUCCAAGGAAGUGAGUAGUCAUGGAAAAGGUAUUUUCUUUUCUUUUCGCUUUUGUAGUCCUUGACUCAACAUCCAACUGGUCACCUAACGGCAAAGCAAUUCCAGGACUUGUUUGAUGUACUAGACAAGGGAAUCAGGCGUCGAGCAAGACCAGCCAUGAGCUUUGUAGAGAACAGAGUACUAAGAAAGGUUCAGAUCUUUGUCUCUAACAAAUUAUUUGAUUACACCGGCGAUUUUGUGGCGGCAGUGAACGUACUACUCGUGUCUGUAAGUAUGAAAGCCCCCUAUUGGUUCUCAGAAUUUAAAACGUGACCCCAGGAAUACAGCCUGGACAUGGAAAGGAAAACUUAACCCCCCUUUGGGGGGGGGGGGUAGGGGGCUACGCAACAAAGUCUUCUACGGGGAGGCUCAGUCUUAAUGUCCAACCACUUGCACCCUUUUCACAUACCUACUUUUAAAGAAUGAAACCAGUGAAUGAUAAAUCCCUACCUUUGCCUGAAGCCUGAAAAAGUUUUCGAGAAGAACGUUUUCAAGUAGAACGUUACACGGGAUACCCCUCCCCCCGGGGGAAUAAAGGCGCACGAGAGGGGAAAAACACGUGUUUAGUUUCCUUCCCUCCUUCCUCGCGCGUCUUUGUUUCCCGCUUUCUUUCUCCUUUAAACACCUUCUACGCAGACUAACAUAGAUUGUUCGCCCAGUCUUUAUAAUACAUCAGUAACAUGACGCCUUGGAGCCUGCUAUGAAUUCGAUGAAUUUAGCUUGCUACGAAUUUAAGACAGUAUUUUGGUAAAAACGUAGUAAAGAUUGAGGACAAAUGUUUAGCAUCUUUCUUUAGACACUGAGGAGGUUCGUUUAAAAUUUAUGUCAAAGCUUUUGUUACAAGAUCAUUGCAUGCAGAACAUGAACCUUCGGAGUCUUUGACUCCCUCGACGCAAUUAUUUGUUAAUCCUUUGUUGGCCCCCUAAACGUCCAUAAGGUACGGGUUAAAAAAGCUUACUUAUAGAGCCUGCACGACAAUUCGUACGCGGUUAUUCUGUGACUUUCAGGUUUUGUUGGACUAUGAACAAGACACAAUAUGGGUGAACAGAAACUCGCAUUUGGCGGUAAGUGGUGAUGUUCAUGUCUUGUAAUUUUUACUGAACAAUGUUCUUUCACUCAUCAAAGUUCAACAAUAAUACACUGCUAACAAUCUCCUAGUAUACCUUCAAUUUUCAAGAUCGAUCGCCGAAUUCAAGCGUACAUCGAGAUUAUUUUCAACCACGCGUCAAGCAAGUCGGAGGAAAAUAAAUAUUGCCCGGACUGUCAUAGUUUCUGGAGUCCGCAAGGCAGAUUACACUUGUCAUACAUUUAUAUUUCGUGCGCUUUGUGAAAUUGACAUCGCCCACUGACUUUCAGAUUAAACCAUUGAGCGGUCUUGUAGCAAUCAAUCUAUCGAUUCGGGGAAGGAGCGCGGGCUCAUUUCUUGAACAGCGGCUCGAAAUCGAGCCUGUCAUUUGGCGCGCAGUUGAAUUGUUCAUUUAACUCAGUUACAGUAGAUGCUACAGUGUGUUAGUUACUACUCCCUUGACACCUGAUAAUUUCGCGUUUUUUUGCAGAUUGCUAAUUUAAUUUUCGUGUUAUAUUACCUCUUCGAACAGGUAAGGAAAUGUCAGUUAACAUUUUCCCUGUGCGCGCUUUUGUUUAUUGUUCUCACAAACAUAAGGCCGUAACUUAAACGACAGUGUAAAUUUUACACCAUCUUCCUGUCGCUGUUAUGUGAAACGUUUUGACAAUCAAAAUUGUAAAACUGUCAGGAAUUUCAAAGAUUUCAAAGAAUUUUGAGUUAGUCGUGCCAUUUUCUAAUCACUUUUGCUAAACGGGACCAAAAGUGUAUUUUCACUUUUUUAUUUUCCUCGAGGCGUUAUUGUUCUCCCCCUUUUUUCCUUUGCUGGGUAUUUACUAGAAUUUUAGGCGGGAAAAGUUUCCACGGAAAGCCCGCGCGAGGAUCGUGAAUUUUUUUCAAAAACUUACGGGUGAAUUGCUUAUCAAGAGUUUAUUGGGAUUUUUUGAUGAACUUUAUUGUUUCUUUGUGUUUUUCCGGUUUGACUAAAUCGUGUUCAUCCGGGUUUGGUUAGAAAGAUCUCGUCCCCUGCGGAGGUUAAACUUUGUCAAUGACCCUGUAAACUGAUAGUAUCCUAAACCCCAGAAGCUUUGUUGAUUCACACGGGUUGAGGUUUGAAUGAGUUAAGAUUUUCCUAACAUUUUAAUUUUUUAUAUUGAUUUACAUGAGGGCAGUCAAUUCCAGCAGUCUCUGGAUUGUCCUAUUUUGUUUUUUUGUCUGUUUGUCAUAUAUUUUCUUUUCCCUCGGCAUAUCCGCCUCUUUCCCUGUACUCCUGCUCCUGCUGCAAUUCACGUACUCAGACUAGUCGUAUGAAUAUUUUUUCUUUUGCUUGUAGUUGUUGAAGCUGUGGGCCGUAGGAUGGCAGAGAUAUCGAUCAUCUUUGGUAUGACACUGUCGGUAGCCGUACCAAACAGCCAAAUAAAGUUAUUAGCAUUUCAUUGACGUAAUGCAUAAAAAAAUCCCGACUCAGUAGCUAUGAUAUUGAAAUAAAAACAGCUAAUAUUUUAGAGAGAACUAGUGUAAAUAUAAAACAUUGUGCCUUGUUAUGAGACUUUUUAGCCUAGUUUUAUCAACCACUCCCUUGGUAGCCGAUCAAGUACAGGUUAAUUAAAGCUUACCAGUCCCUUUUCAAGUGGCUCUUAGCCUCUUUUUCGAAACGAGGCGUGGCGCACAACCAUUCAUAAGGAAACGCGAAUGCGAAAUCGUACUUUCACGUGAAAGGGUAGGCGUCAGGAGUAGCUUUGAAAAAGAGACUAAAGCACUGUGCAAACAGACGCAACUUUGUUGGUCAACAACUCCCAACAUUGUUAGAUGUUAUAUAUUGCGUCCGUUUGCGCACCUUGUUGCAUGUUGUUUGGAGUUGUGUGCGAAGGUUGAAACCGGUCAAUGUUUUGAGCCAACAACUCCCAACAUUUCUUUUGUUCCGUGAUCACCGGAGUGUAGCGCGACAAUGUUGGAUCCGUUUGCACAGCUCUUUGAACAAUGUUGGGGCCACCCACGCGCAUCACACAUGGUCUCGUUGGAAACAGUAACGCCAUAACUUUGCGUGAUAGACCAACACCCGUGAUGGGCCAACACUGUUAAGAGUUGUUGCAUCCGUUUGCAGGCCACCGCCAACACGGACGCAACAACCCCCAACACUGUUGGCCCAACUAUGUUGGGACUUGUUGCAUCCAUUUCCACGCCACUGCCUACACGUACGCAACAACUCCCAACAUUGUUGGGCCAACAAUGUUGGGAGUUGUUGCGCCCGUUUGCACGUAGCUUAAGAGUAACUCGGAAAUGGAUCACUAUUGCAGUAAGUUUAGGAUGUUUAGGUUAGAACUCCACCUUUUAAUGCUUGCAUUUUCCUACUCUGUAGGUCAAUAUUUAUUGUGGAGCCAUAACAAUGUUCUUAGUUGUAAGUAUUAUUUAACCGUUUUAUCCGUUAAACCUUUAAUAGAUUUUAGGUGAAUGGAAGGGACGGCCUUAAAGAAAGCUGAAGACCGCUAACGUGUUGUUGACCCAGGAUGUUUGAAACUCGGAGUUAUGUGUGGUCGCUAUAUUUUUUUCACAUUAAAUUUAUUUCGCAUCCCCACUUCUAAUUGUCAUGCUGUAUACAUUACGUUUAAAGUACAGUAUCGCCCGUCCGUCCCAAUUUUCCAGAUAAUAUGCGUCGUUUAAUUCUUGCAGGUUAUAGAGAUCGUACAUGUCAGCCUGUAUGGUUCUCCUUUUACAAAGUAAGUAGAAUUAAAUAACUUAAAUUUCUCGACCAACUCAAUUUGAACACAAGAGCGGCGCCAAAAGACCAUAUUUAGAAAUAGCAUGAAGUCGAGGCUUAUUUAGGGAGAUUUCCAGCAGUAUUCUCGACUGCAGGCUAGUUCCAGCCUUCUACCAAGUAUGCAAACAUUAUCAUUUUGUUUUUUUCUGUUCGAGGUUUUUCUGUGAUGUGUUGCGUUUAAACUAAACGCACUCAGAUUUCGACAAGACACUCUAUCUUCCAGCUCAGUGUGCUUAUUCCGAAAUAACCUGAGAUCAGGCCCAAUUUUAGCGGUUCUCAUACAUUCUCUCUAACGGCCAGCGCCAAAAUUGUAACGUUUAAAAUUGCUUCGUUUCGCCUUUCCCGCCGGAAUGUUUAUUUACAAAGCGAGACGAAAGUUGAGCCUGAUUUCAGGUUAAUUCCGAAAUUUCAGGGGGAAAAACAUCGCCAAAAUGUGCUCAAAUUCGCCCGAAAAUAUUCUGUCUGAACAUUUCGUAGCGCGAGAUGUAUUUAGGUCCUAGUGACGUAAUACGUUUGUUCCUGUUAGAAUUCUGAUGUUUUAGCCCAAUUUUUUUCAUAUUCGUAUUUACUUUUAGGUCAGACGACGGAAGCAACGAAAGAAGUUCGUUUCACCUGAGAAAUCUAACACAAGUCAUCAACAUUUUGAUCACAUUUCGUCUGUUAAGAAUUGUUCCUCAUGUCAGGGUAAUUUUUUGUCUUUUGUUUGUCUUUCUUCGCGUUUCAUGGGAGAAAGAAGUUUAGAAGUCUUCAGGAUGGUUUUCAAGCGAGUGUGAUCAAAUCGUAGCCAAAGCUAUUUCCUGAGAAAAUUAACGACUCUGCACGUGCAUUACACGCAAACCUAUACAAAAGAUUAUCACUUUACCAACAGGAAGUAGCUUUAAUACAAACAAGAAACUUUAAUUCUGACCUAGCGAGCUUUGAGUCCAUUUAAGCGGGGUUGGUGGCAUGUGGCAUGAAAUGCAAAAAAAUCCCCUAAAGUUCGUAAAAUAAGGCGUACAGUUUUUCAUCAAUUAUCUCUGGUCUCUGUCUCAUUAACUUAGUCAAUUUCAAUCAAGGUCAAAAACUGUAGUUCACGAUUAGUUUAGAUUUUCUUCC